CUGAAAUACCUGGAACUAAUUAAAGCUGGAUUUAUUAGUGUUUGAAUUUUACAUUUUAGCUUGUCUACAAACGGAGAUAUCUUAAAACCUAAUCUAUUUCCUAUGCAAGAGCUGCACCCGAUUUGCGUAAAACCCACUUGAUUGCAUCACCUUCUUCUCUCUCUCUCUCUCUCUCUCUCUCUCUCUCUCUCUCUCUCUCUCUCUCUUCUUAACUUGAAUCCUAAGCAUGAUUUUCUCUACCCCUUUAAAUCACCUCAGAAAAUUUCCUUGCCUGUAACACUUCUCCAUGUUCGAUUCUAUCCGGUCGUUCGGGAGGUAGGCAGUUUGAAUUGUAUCUGUGCAAUUACCGACCCUCCAAUCGGAAAUGGGCCGCCAUUCAUGUUGUUUAAAAGAAAAGCUAAGGAAGGGGCUAUGGUCACCUGAAGAAGACGAGAAGCUGUACAAUCACAUCACUAGAUUUGGUGUUGGGUGUUGGAGUGCAGUACCAAAACAAGCAGGUUUGCAAAGAUGUGGUAAGAGUUGUAGACUCCGAUGGAUUAAUUACCUCAGGCCAGAUCUUAAAAGAGGCCAUUUCUCACAGCAAGAAGAGGAUCUCAUAAUCAGUCUCCAUGAAGUUUUGGGAAACAGGUGGUCUCAAAUUGCAGCACAAUUGCCGGGAAGAACAGAUAACGAGAUUAAGAACCUGUGGAAUUCGUGCCUGAAGAAAAAGCUCCGACAGCGAGGCAUCGAUCCAAACACCCACAAGCCAUUGAGUGAAAUUCAAGAACAAGAUGAGAAGAAUUUGGAGAUGGUAGCUUGGGAACCGCAAUCUAAGAAGCUUCGUAGUCAAUCAAUGUCUGAAUUAGGCCAAUCUGUUGUUAAUAAUCUCAGCUAUGGUAUUGGAACUGACAAUGCUUCGAAUGACAGAUUUCUUAGGAAGCCUGUCUUUGAUCCCUUCCCCUUGUUUGAAAUUCAAGCAGGUAUUGAUCCGAUAAUGACAAAUACAAACCUCUUACUUCAAUUCCACCAAAAUUUCGGUCCUUCGGAUCAGACCCACCUGGAAACAAACUCCGAUUUUGGGUUUGCUUCAAUGCCCAACUUAUCUAUUUCCGAUUACAGCAAUGUGACGGAAAUUUCAGACAAUUCAACGACGGUAAGGAGUCCGCUCUUCUUGAAUGAAACAGGGGAGAGCUCCAUUAAUAGCAGCAAUAGAAACAGCAGCAUGGAGUUUCAGACGAGCGAUGUGCUUGGAAAUGCAGUUUUUGGUUGGGAUGCAGAAGGUAAGCUAGAAUCUCUAUUUCAGUAUCAGCACAAUGGGAUGAAAUCUCAGGAAUUGAAGCCAAGUUCGUGGCAAGAACCGCAACAAAACGUACAGAUUUCAGAAGACUACAGUAGCUUUCCAUUGACAUCACUGUCGGAAGAUCUAACAGAUGCGAAUUUCGAUCUCUUCGAGCAAAUUUAGAAUGUAAAUUCAGUUGGGGCAUCGGUUUAGAUUACUUUGAGCUGGUAUAUUUGUUAGAUUCUUCGGAUUUUACAUCUCUCUCUCUCUCUCUCUCAAUGUGGGGAGAUGCUACGGAAAGCUUUGAGAUCCUUUUCAGGACUUUGAUUUUUCUUUAUUUCUUCCUUUUGCUUUUAUCCUUUUUUUUUUUUUACUGUUACAGAAUCAUGAAAUAAUGUUCUUUUCAAACGUGUGUGAAUAAAAAGAAACAAAAAAAAAAAAAAAGGAUUCUUGGAUUGUAAAUGGUUUUGUUGAAAUUUCAUAAUCUUCCUUGCCUUUGGUUUUUUAAUGAUCUUCUUGGAGGACAAAAGAGUAAAU